AUGAAUCCCCCGCCCAGGUUGUUUCCAAUUCCAUUCGGGGAGCUCCACGGCUGUGACGGCGACGGCUGCGCCUCCGAUCCGGAUACCUGGCCUCUGCACCACGUGCUACGCCGUGGCGUGCACUGCCGCCUCUGCAGCUCCUGUAUCCUCCUCUCCCACCGCUCGUUGUACUGCUGCCGCUGCAUCUUCCUCGUCACCUCGCCGUCGUGCAACUACGACGAUGGCGACACGCUCAUGGCCCCUCCAGCCCCAACUGUCACCUGUCACGUUUGCCGCGAAGCCGUCGCGCACCUCCCGUGCCUCUACUACCCCGAGCCCCCCGCCGACGGCGUCUUCGUCUGCCCUCCCUGCACCGCGGCCCAGAACGGAAGGCUCUUCACCUACGCGCCGCCCUGCAGGCAGCCACUCGACGAGCGCGGCGCGAGGGUCCUCGUCCUGGGGUCGCGCAUAGCGCUGGCGCUGCUGCAGCGGCACGCGACCGCGGCACGCGCAGCCGCGGAGCGGCUGGCCCGGGAGGCGCAGGAGGCUCGGAAGAGGGCGAAUGACGCUCUUGAAGUGGCCUACAACCUCGGUAAGAAGGAAGAUCCUUCCUGGGUCGUGCCGCAGUCCCCCGAGAAUGACCUAGCAGCGUCUGAAGAAGAAGGCAAUGAGGGUGAGGCGAACGUGGGGAAGGUGCUGCUAGUGCGGCGCAACGCGAUGCCAUCGCUGGCCACGCUAACCAUCGGCACGGGGGGCAGUGUUGUGCUGAUGGCUCUCGCCGAGGCCCAGCAAACGCCCCCGUCGUCUCAAUCAAAGCCGCUUUUCGACCUCAAUGAGAAUGCGGUUGAGAAUGACCUCAAUGAGAACGCUGCUGAGAAUGAGACAGAGGCUGUCCAGGCUGAGCCCACCCCACAUCGGGCGCUUAACUCCUUCAACGUGAAGGAGGUGGCGCUUAACUCCUUCGACAUGAAGGAGGUGACGAUGGCUGCUGCGGAAGCAGCCAGGGCCAGCCCGCCGACACCGCAGACGCUGCAGCUGUUCCCAAGCGCCAAGGCAAGUUCCAGUACCAAGAUGCCGCGUACCAAGAAGCCGCGUACCAAGAGGCCGCGGACGCUGCAACUCUUCAACGAUGAUCGAGCUUGA